AUGACACAGGCAACUGCCUUCCACCGUGAGAAGAGAAAACGGUACCCUGUACACAAUAAUAUCACCAACUCCAUACACAACACGACACCACGAAUCCGAACACACAACGAGCUUGGAGACAGCACUGCAGAUGAGAGCAUGAUAACCACUGUUCCACCGGCGAAGCGAGCGAGGAUAUCGCAAUCAGACGCUCCGUACCAGACACAAUCCACGAACGCAAGUUACCAGAGCACAGGGCCGCUGCUAUAUUCUAGUCCGGUCCUCAAUAAUUAUACAGGUUUCUUCAACUUUGAGAGCUAUCAGGGAGGUCCUUUCGAUGCGAAUGACGUCUUGCCUGCUGUGUCUCGCCGAGCUAUGAGCGAAGAGAUGGACAUAGACAUGAUGUAUAUGGGGAGUGAAACGGAGACAGAGGCUGAGACAGAGGCGCCUCCUGGGAGGUUCCACGAUCAGUGUCCGAUCCAUUCGUUCGGUACUUGGUCGAAUCCGUCUCUUAGUGGAGGGCUUGGAAGCUUCUCUUCGCAGCGCAACAAUUCGCCGAGCAUAUUUCCCAUCUACGAGGAUUCGAUGGAUAUGGAGAUCGAGGGUGUCUUCUGCGGAGAGGAUUGGUACUUUUCUCCCGACGAAGACAAGGAAAAUGUUGAGAAUGGCCAUGAGCAGGGUAGUAUUUUGCAGGAGAUGGAUUCGAACUCCGUCGCGGUCCAUCAACGGGGCUGA